GCACGUCCUUGGUGCCUAUCUUGCCGGACCCUCUGACAUAGAUAACAUCUGGAACCAUGGCGCUACACCUCGAGCUUGGAAUCGUGCUCGACAAUCGCGCCCCUGCGAACCUGCUACUUUCAUCUGCGUAGGGCUGAACGAAGAGGUUUACCGCAUCGACAUGAAAGCGCUCAAGGCGACUGUGAAUUGCGACAUGGGAGAGGGCUACUCGCUCUAUUCAAUGGGAGAUGACGAAGCGCUCAUGAAAACUAUCCACCUCGCCAACAUCGCCUGCGGAUUCCAUGCCUCAGACUUCAUGAUCAUGGACAAGACCGUGCGGCUCGCGAAAGAAGCCGGCGUGCGCGCGGGCGCGCACCCCUCCCUCCCGGACAGGCAGGGCUUCGGCCGGCGCGAGAUGGCGAUGGACCCGGACGAGCUCGCGAACUGCUUCACGUACCAGGUCGGCGCCCUGAGCGGCUUCCUCGCCAAGCACGGCGUCGAGCUCAGCCACAUCAAGCCCCAUGGGUCGGUCUAUGGCCAGACCGCGCGCGACCCCGUCCUGGCGCAGGCGGCGAUGGACGUGGCGAAGGCGUUCGGGGUGCCGUUCAUGGGCCUCGCGGGGACGUGUCACCAGACCGCGGCCGAGGAGGCUGGGGUGAAGUUCAUCGCGGAAUGGUUCGCGGAUCUGGAAUACAGCCCAGAGGGGAAGCUGCUUAUCACGAAAAAACACGACCCGGUCCCUUUGGACGAGGUGCGGAAGCGGGUUACGACGUUGUUGAACGAGCAUCUGGUGACAACUACUGCGGGCACGCUCCUGAUCGGAGAAGGCGUCACGGAAGUGUCGAUCUGCUGUCACUCGGACACACCGGACGCGGUGCAGAUCGCUCAGACAGUGAAAGCUCUGGUGGAUGAGAGCAACGCGCGGAGCGGGUACGCUUGACCCGCAAUAUGCUGUCAUAGAAAUCAUAGUCCAUAGCGCCUAGUGACAUCGCCGCCCGCAGUCUGUUCAUGAUGCGUACCUCGAUGUAUGAAUGGCAAUGGUCCAAUGGAAGAC